AUGCGCUUUGAAUUUCCCGAUGAAGAGAUCAUGUUGCUCAGGGAUUGCAACAUCCCCGACCCUGAGGAAGGACCCGAGCCUAGGUCCCAUUGGACUUUGGUUUUUGAUGGAGCUUCUAACACUCACGGUAAUGGCAUUGGAGCAGUUAUCACCUCCCCAACUGGUUUUCACCUCCCAUUCACUGUUAGGUUGUGUUUUAAAUGUACAAACAAUAUGGCGGAGUACGAGGCUUAUAUCUUCGGUAUUGAAGUCACGAUUGAUCUUAAGAUCAAAAUCCUUGAAGUCUACGGAGAUUCAGCCUUGGUGAUUAGCCAAGUCAAAGGAUAUUGGGACACUAAAGAUCACAAGAUCAUCCCCUAUAAGGAGCAUGUCUUAAAACUAGUCCCUUACUUUGAUGAGAUCACAUUCCAUCACAUUCCUCGAGAGGAGAAUCAGAUAGCCGACGCAUUGGCAACUUUAGCGUCCCAUGUUUAA